GGUCUCUCCCCCAUCUAUAUAUACUGCACCUGAUCGACUCGACCUUUCAACAAUCAAUCAAGCCCCCAAUCCAGAUCAAGAAAACAACUCCGCAAUCCUCCGCCAAGAUGCAGAUCUUCGUGAAAACUCUGACCGGCAAGACCAUCACCCUCGAGGUUGAGUCGUCUGACACCAUCGACAAUGUCAAGGCGAAGAUCCAAGACAAGGAGGGCAUCCCGCCGGACCAGCAGCGCCUUAUCUUCGCUGGCAAGCAGCUCGAGGAUGGCCGCACCCUUGCAGAUUACAACAUCCAGAAGGAGUCCACACUCCACCUGGUGCUCCGCCUUCGUGGUGGAGGCAUGCAGAUCUUUGUGAAGACCCUCACCGGCAAGACCAUAACCCUUGAGGUUGAGUCCUCUGACACCAUCAACAAUGUUAAGGCGAAGAUCCAGGACAAGGAGGGCAUCCCGCCGGACCAGCAGCGCCUGAUCUUCGCUGGCAAGCAGCUCGAGGAUGGCCGCACCCUUGCGGAUUACAACAUCCAGAAGGAGUCCACCUUGCACCUGGUGCUCCGCCUCCGUGGUGGAAACUGACUUCUUCCCAAGAUCAGUUCAUUUGAGUUUGCUGCGCUUGAUAGCUGUCCGUUGAAGUCGUCGUCUACUUUGGUUAUGUCCUAGUCGUGUCAUCUGUUGCUACUGUCACUGCCUUAGUCCAGAGCUCUUACAGUUUGUGCGAACAUCUGCUGCUCCCGUAUAUCAGUACGGUCUAUGCUGUUUUCAAGUGAAACUGAAUCUUCUUAUUAUGUUAUUAUUGUGGUUAGUUAAAAUCUUGUUUGAUUGCG